AUGUUCGCUGUUUUUACUCUUUUACUUUCGUUUCAUUUUUCAAUUGCCUUCGAUCCUCGUUUACGACGGUUUUUGAACUCGGAAGUUCACAAUCGUAUGAAUGUUUUGGAACAGGCUCAUUCGACUCAUCGUAAUGAAACCGACUGGAUGCGUACCAUAUUUUUAGCUAUCGCUAUUGGUUUCGGUCUUAUACUAUUAUUGGUUUUUCUUACAAUUGUUUACUGCAAUCGAACAUUCCGGUUUGUCGCAUUUACAUCCGAUUAUACCACCUUUACUGAGAUUUCUUCAACAUCAUCAACAUCUCUAUAUGCACAAUCUACAUAUCCAUAUUCCACUGUCUAUCCAUCGCAGCUUCCAGUUCUCAAAUUUUGA